GUCAAGUUUUUCUUUUUCUAUCACAUUUGAAUGGGAAUGAUCUAUUCCAAUGGUGGCUCCAGAAUUUGAUCACAGGCAGUCCAACAAGUUCAACAAGAAGGAAGGAACAAAAGGUCAAAGUUGUUACUCAUAAUACCAGUGCCAUGUCCACUUCAAAAACAAUAAGCAGCAACUCAGCGGUCAAUACUGACCAGAACUGUAACAAAGACAAAGCUCCUGCGAUUCUCCUCAACGGAGAUAUCCCAGCAAUGGACAUUAAUACAAACGGAACAGACGAUAUGAAAACUCAAAAAGGUAUUAUUCUCGAAAAUGGAACAAAGAUUUGCACUCCAGAACACUUCCCAAAUGUACAAGAACAAAAUGGACAACAUGGGAAUGGACCACAUAAUCAAGACUUUACAACUCAAACUGGAGAAAUUAUCGGUCAGUCCGGUGAAUAUACUGUUCCAACAGGCGUGUUUACGGGUACAGAAUUAACAGCGCCAUUUGGUUGCGGCAGGGAGUUUGUCCCGCAUAAUUCUUACAUACUACCGCAACAGGACUAUAGCCAAAUUCCUCCAGAUUUUCCCGUACAGGAAAACCAAGUAACAGAUAUGACCCAGGGUCAAAUGUCCGAGAUUGGUCAAGAUGAUGGGGGAAAUCAGGUACAGGAUCAGAAGUAUGAAUUUUAUAUUCAUAUAAAAGCAGGAGAGGCGUUCCCAGUUGGAAACGGAGAGCAAGUGCAAUAUAUACAUGGCCCAACGAUUAUUCGCCUUCUUGCAAGCUCGCCGCAGAUGCCGCAGUUAAACAUUGUUCACACUGGACACGGGCCUGUACCCCUCCCAUCAAAUAUGGGCAUGGCUUCCACAACCAUGCCCACGAACGUUGCAUUAACACCGGCAAUGCAAGAGAGUGACAACUUACAACAGGGGGUGUACAACACAGGACACGGUAUUGUACAACAGCAAAUGUACACCCAGAUGUUUCAAGGUGUUCAGAUUUAUAAUCAGAUGAUUGCCUAUCCUAAUAUACCCCCUCACAUUCCCCCUCAUGUAACACAGAAUCAAGCUGGUAUGAGACCAAUGCAGCCACACGUUGUCAUUCCGCGGUUCACACACCGCCAGCAUAGUCCACCUCAAUCGAAUGAUCAGAGCCAUUUACAAGCAGAGCAGCCACGACCGGUAAACCAACAGCGAAAACGUGACGAUAGGACUGAUAAACAACGUGAAAAACUACAACGCAGGCUACGUGACCGCUACCACAAUUCUAAUCACCCACCUAGUCCACAAACAUCUCCCAGAAAUUCCCAUUCAUCCCGACAUGAUGGAAACAACAGCGGAAACAAAUCCCGGAGGAGAACUAGUCCACGAUCAGAAGAAAUUGAAGAAGACCCAAAUAUUCGAAGAAAACGUGAAGUUCUCUCAUGCAUUGAAAGUCCUGAAGUAACUGAAAUACUGGCGCGGUCAGCGCACCUUGGUUGGAACUUCCAGCCCAGCAACGAUGAGUCGUCUCCUAAUAUGGAACGAUCAAAAAUCAAAUACGAAGUUACGGUGUCAACACAAGGAAGACAACCAAGUAUUUUUGACAGUGAUACUGAGACGCAGUUUGAACUGACAGACCUUAAACCAGCCACAGAAUACCAUGCCAGUGUGAGUGCAAUAUUUGAGAACAUACGUGGGUUGCCAUCAAAACCUUCGAGUUUUACGACGAGUGGGUGUGAGCCGGAUGAGCCAUCUAUGCCAAAAUGUGCACAGAAGAACAAAAACUUCCUAGUUAUCAAAUGGAAUGCACCAAAUGAUAAUGGGUCAAAGAUCAUCAGUUAUAUUUUAGAAACAGAUAUGGGAAUUAGUGGCGGUGGUUUUAAUGAAAUAUUUAAAGGAUCUCAAAAACAGUUCCGUUAUACAAAGCUUCAGCCUGCAACAAAAUAUUCCUUCCAACUUAAAGCUGUAAAUGAAUUUGGAGAAAGUACUUACAGUACACCAAUGCAUUGCUACACGUCCGGUACGGUUCCUGCAACUCCUGAAGCGCCCUCACUCAAAGAGGCUGGUGUCACUCAGUUGGAACUGACCUGGCCACCAGUGGAGAGUGAUGUCACUCGAUAUAUUUUACAAAUGGAUGACCAAACAAAUAAACAUGGAUUCAAAGUAGUCUUCAAUGGUGAUGAAAAUUCACAUACUUGUAAAAACCUUCAACGAAAUACUGAAUAUAGAUUUAAGUUAUUAGCUAAUAAUGAUCAGGGAGAUAGUUGCCCAAGUGAAAUUGUUGCAUUUAGGACAAAACCAGAUAGCCCACAAGCACCACCUAAGCCGACACUUAAGGGCAAACUGCAUUCAGAUUACUUCAAAGUGUCAUGGGACCCUCCAAGGGACAAUGGCGGUGCUACCGUAACCAAGUACUAUUUAGAAAUCUCAGAGUGCCAAGAUGAGAACUGGGUUUCAUACUAUAGUGGACCAGAUAGGGAGAAGACUUUAAAUCAUCUACGACCUGGAGGAACGUACCAGUUACGCGUCUCUUGCCAAAGUAUUGCUGGCAUUAGUCCGCCCUCUGAUGUAUCUACUUUCACCACACCUGCUAUCUGUCCUGGAAAAUGCUUUCAACCGCGAGUUCACGGGCGACCCAAAGCCAACCUUUUGAAUCUUCGAUGGGGACCACCAGCAUAUGAUGGCGGUAGUGCCAUCACGGAAUACUCAAUAGAGAUGACAUCAGCUGAUAACGAUAUUGCCAAAGAAGUACACGUGGGACCAGCCACGUGCCUGGAUUGCACAGUCAACGGUCUGCUACCAGGACGAUGCUACACCUUCAAGUUACGUGCCUUCAACAAAGUCGGAAAUGGUCACUUCUCCGAUCCGUUAGAAGUUCGGACCGGUUGUGGGCCCCCUGAACCUCCCACAGAGCUACGUAUAGAGACAAGGUUACUAUCAACAACGGUGUGGGCAUCGUGGGAAAAGCCAUAUUGCAAUGGAGCAGAGAUUACAGAAUAUCGGUUAGAAAAAGCUUGUGAACAAAAUGUAUUUUCCAUGGUUUAUUGUGGUGACCAAUGUAGUUGUGAAGUCCGUAAUCUUCUACCAGCGUCUGAAUACCAGUUCCGUGUGCAAGCAAUCAAUCAGGCUGGUUCAGGGCCCUUCAGUGCUGUUGCAUCAAUCACCACCCCACCCUCUGUGCCUGCUCCAGUGUCAAAUCUUCAGCUUGUGGACUACUCAUGUGACUUUUUAACUGUCUCGUGGACCGAACCUAAAAAUUACGGUUGUGAGAUUAUAGCUUAUAAUAUUUAUAUCGGUGAUGGGCCAGCACUACACCUGGGAAAUGUAAAUGAAUACUGUAUUGAAGAUCUUGAACCAGAUACUAAGUACAGGAUACGUAUAAGAGCGGUGAAUGAUAUAGGAGAAGGUCCCUUUAGUACAUUGUUGAAGGCCCAGACUCUUCCGCUACCUCCUGAUCCUCCCAAGCUUGAGUGUGUGCUGUAUGGUCAUCAGAGCUUGAAGCUCAAAUGGGGUGACAAUUCCAGGCCCAGCCUAGAAAAUAAUCAAUAUUCAUUAGAAAUGGAAGAUAAGAGAGGAAGGUUUGGCCCUGUUUACAGUGGUCCUAAUAUGAAUUAUAAAGUUUCGAAAUUAACAGAACAGACCGAGUAUCGCUUUCGAAUAUAUUCUAGUAAUGACUCAGGCGAUGGUCCUUACUCAGAGGUGUAUAAAUUUGCAACUGGCAAAGCGCCUCCAGGGACAAUGAAAUCUCCAAAGGUAAUUAAUAUAACUCCAGUAAGUUGUGAAGUACAAUGGCAAGAAAUAUCGCCAUUACAAGAAGACAAAAUCUAUUACCAUCUAGAGAACGAUUAUACUAAGGUUUACCAAGGUCCAGAUACCAAAUUUACACUAAUUAAUCUGACACCAAACACAGAAUAUCGAGUACGUGUAUGCGCUGUCCGACUGCCAGCUGAUGAUUCAACCGAGCUGAUUGGUCCAUUCAGCCCCGGGACAACCUUUACCACUUCACCUCAGCCAACAGGAUCAUACAAUGCUGACAUCAAGGAUGUUGAAGAAUCUCAACGUCAACCGAUGCCUGACGAAUUGAUGAUCUUAAUUUUCGUGGUGGUCUUAGUUGUGUGUGCAAUCAUUCUGGCUUUACUGCUGGCCAGCUAUUCGUAACUCAGAUUGGUCAAAUAAAAAUUUAAAAAUUAUACAGUAUAUAUUAUAAUUAUAUUUAUCUUUUUAGGACAUCAUCAUGAAAGGUUCUAUAAGAAAGGUUUAUACAGAUUGGGAAAUUUUUUGCAAAGUUAUUUUCUCAGCAGAUUUCUUGCCCAACCACAUGACAUCUUGUAACUCGCUGUCCAGACAAUCAAAAGUAUAUGACAUGCCUAAAUAUGAUCUUAAUGACAUCACAUUAUGACCAUAUUUAAGCAUAUCAUGACUAUAUAUGGGCAUACAUAAGCUUCUCUUCCAUGUGUUAAGUUUAAGUUGUUAUUGAUAUACAUACAAAUUGUUGCUUAUAGUUUUCUAAAGAGAAUUUACACGAAGAACGUUCCAGGUCCUAAUCUCCAGCUAUUAGUCAAAACAAGUUAUAGAUAAUAUUUUAACUUUUUGCAUAUUUUAUCUGGUUAAAAUGACUCAGUAUUUGUGUUUCACUUGUUUUUUUUUUAAGUAUAUAUUUCCUCAUUGGUAAAACUGUUUUCAAAAUUCCAAAGAAGAAAUGUGUACUUUUUGGAUGCUGAUGUUCCUAUUGAAUUCCUGAUUGGGGAUAUAUUUUUUUUUUAAGAUGUGGCCAAAAUGAAAUUAUACUUACCAACUUGCAGUCAAUAUAUCAUUCAAGAAAUUCCAAAAAUAAAUAUAUCCAUUAAAAAAAAUGUAUUUCAG